AUGCAAGAAUUUUGCUUUUCUUUUGCAGAUAUUUACAUCAAUGAGAUACCUGUUGAUUACCAGGUGCCAUUCUCUUGGGAAAAUGAAGUUCUGCUAACAGAUAGUAGCACAGACCUAACUGCUGAGUUCUGUGAGCAAGGCUACGAAACCGCACCAACUCUCCCCUCUCGUUCCCCCAACCGCCCUCUGCUGUUGCCACCACCAUCACAUCAAGCGAGACCACCCCUGCCUCGCUAUGACACGGACUACACUCGCUAUGGCUCCUCCCACUCGGUGCAUAGUGUCAGUUUAUCAUCAGAAUCUCUGGACAACUGUCAUGGCAUGCGCCAAUCUAACUCGAGGGUGCAAUUGUUAUCAUCAGCCUUCAAUAGUGAAUCGAGGGCAAAGAUAAAGGAAGCUAUUCUGAAAGGCCGGGAUUAUCUUAUGACGAAAGUUCAGGAUUACCAGCAGCGUAUUCGUUCAAAUAUGAAUAACAGACAGCGUGACAUGCCAAACAAGUGUGCCUGUGAACCUGACCCUCACAGUCUUGGCAGGCGCGACUGUUCACAUUCAACUGGUAAUUUCUGCUCCACAUACAAGGACAUUUUACCAAGUUAUGAAGAGUUGAUGCAAUUGGAAAGACCACCAGAUACAAUGACUGGUAAGCCAUCAUUUUGUUGCAUGUUUUCUUAA